GAUAAUAUCAGGUCAAGGAAUUACGAAUAAUAUUCCCGACUUUUUGGGGGACAGCAAGACCUUACAGUCAAGUCUUCAGAACUUGGACUUGAGCUUGAACUCACUAACGGGAACAAUACCCCCGUCUCUGAUGCGCCUUGGUUCCAUAAAAUCAUUGGUUCUUCAAGGAAACCACUUAGAAGGUUCAAUUCCUUCUAUUGACUCCUCUAAAUUCCCUAGUCUAGUUGCUCUCGACCUGGGAACAAAUAAUUUGACGGGCACAAUACCUAGUUCAAUAUCAACACUGGAAAAUAUAAGAUCGCUACGUUUAACCGCGAAUAAAUUGACCGGAAGUAUUCCGCCAUCGUUCAAAAAUCUAAAUAAUCUGAAAGAAUUGGAUUUGAGUGAUAAUAAAUUAGGUGGUAACAUACCCACCGAAAUUGGUAGUAUGUCAUUGGACACACUAAUUCUUUCGGAAAAUACAUUUUCGG